AUGCAUCCCUCUCGCCCCACCUACUACUCUGUCCAGCGCCAGCACGGCGCGGGCUCGCGACACGCCUCGUCGCGCGGCCCUCAUGCUUAUGGCACAUACACUGCUUUGUCGCCAGGCGCCCACGAUGGGCUGAUCGAUAACUCUGGCCAAGGCAAGCUGGUGCGCAACCACCCUUCUCAAGCCUCGUCUUCGCCGUCGCAUUAUCCUCAACCCCCGUACGGUGGUAUGCAGGGCCUGUACGAUGUGGACCCUCGUCCUAUGGCGGCGUCUGCCCCAUACCCUUCAGCGACCUCAUACACGGCGCCCGACCACUACAUCGGAGGGUCUUCUCUACCGGCAGGUCUUGCUAUAUCGGAGCCUUCGACGUCGACCAUGGGAGCGGUCUCACCCGGCUCUUACAACGUCAACCCCUACGCGCCAGCUACCCCCGGGGACUUCCUACCCUCCCCGAUCUCGCCGUAUAUGCCUCCGACCUCCUCCACGCCCUAUGACUACUACUCCAGCUCCUCACCGCACCAAUACUCCCCACCAUCCUCCUAUGAGUCCGCUCAUCAGGCCCACUAUCCCUAUGGCAUGCCGGCCACGAUGUCUCAUUACGACCCCGGUAGCCCUUCCGCUCUCUCGUCUGACGGCUCGUCGGCGGUACACUCCAGCCCCGAGCAACGGUCUAGCGAAGUCCGUCACCCAUGCGAGCACUGCUCACGGACCUUCACGCGGCAGCACGACCGUCGGCGACACAUCGAGAGCGUUCAUAAGAACCAGACUGUCCAAUGCGACAAGUGUCUCCGUACUUUCACCAGGCUCGACUCGUGCCAGCGGCAUACCGACUCUGGCAACUGCACGCCGGCGCCGCGCAGGGUGCGGAAACGCACCUGA